CUGGUCCAAGCCAUUUUUAACCGUGAUAUAGAGGAGGUACGGUCAUUACUGAGUCAGAAGGAGAAUAUCAACGUGUUGGACCAAGAGAGACGAACCCCUUUGCAUGCAGCUGCAUACUUAGGGGACACCUCUAUUGUUGAACUCCUAAUACUAUCAGGUGCUAACGUCAAUGCAAAGGACACUCUUUGGCUAACCCCGUUACACCGUGCUGCAGCUUCUCGUAAUGAGAAAGCACUUAACCUCCUCCUAAAGCACUCGGCAGACAUCAAUGCUCGUGACAAGUAUUGGCAAACACCACUGCAUGUUGCUGCCGCCAACAGAGCUACCAAGUGUGUUGAGACCAUCAUCCCACUGCUUAGUAAUGUUAAUGUGGCAGACCGCACUGGCCGCACAGCACUGCACCAUGCUGUACACAGUGGGUACCUUGAGAUGGUAAACUUGCUCUUAAAUAGAGGGGCCAAUCUGAGCACAUGUGACAAGAAGGAGAGACAACCAAUACAUUGGGCAGCCUUUCUAGGGCAUUUGGAAGUCUUGAAGCUACUGGUAGCCCGUGGAGCUGACAUCACAUGCAAAGACAAAAAGGGUUACACACUGUUGCAUACAGCAGCCGCCAGCGGCCAGAUUGAAGUUGUGAAGCACCUGCUGAGACUUGGAGUUGAGAUCGAUGAACCAAAUUCCUUUGGCAACACUGCACUUCACAUUGCCUGUUACAUGGGCCAGGAUGCCGUGGCGAAUGAACUGGUCAACUAUGGCGCCAAUGUCAAUCAGCCCAAUGAAAAGGGCUUUACCCCCCUGCACUUUGCUGCCGUCUCCACCAACGGAGCCCUGUGCCUGGAACUUCUUGUCAAUAAUGGAGCCGAUGUGAACUUUCAGAGUAAAGAAGGGAAGAGUCCUUUGCACAUGGCCGCCAUUCAUGGACGGUUUACACGCUCUCAGAUUCUCAUACAAAAUGGCAGUGAGAUUGACUGUGCGGACAAAUAUGGCAAUACCCCCCUCCACGUUGCUGCUAGAUAUGGCCACGAGCUGCUAAUUAGUACUUUGAUGACGAAUGGUGCUGACACUGCAAGGCGUGGGAUCCAUGACAUGUUCCCUCUGCACUUAGCUGUUCUCUUCGGAUUCUCAGACUGUUGUCGUAAGCUACUUUCCUCAGGUCAGUUGUACAGCAUUGUCUCCUCACUCAGCAAUGAGCAUGUGCUGUCUGCAGGCUUUGAUAUCAAUACGCCAGAUAACCUCGGGAGGACCUGCCUCCAUGCUGCUGCUUCCGGAGGGAAUGUUGAAUGUCUUAACUUGCUGUUGAGCAGCGGAGCUGACUUGAGGAGGAGAGAUAAGUUUGGAAGGACUCCUUUGCACUAUGCAGCCGCGAAUGGCAGCUAUCAGUGUACGGUGACACUAGUCACUGCCGGAGCCAGUAUUAAUGAAGCUGACUGUAAAGGCUGCACCCCCUUGCAUUAUGCUGCUGCUUCAGACACUUACAGGAGAGCUGAGACUCAUUCAGGAAACAGCCAUGACACUGAUGAAGAGCCACUGAAAGAGUCACGACUGAAGGAGGCCAUCUUUUGUUUAGAGUUCUUACUGGAUAAUGGUGCUGACCCCUCUCUCCGAGACAAACAGGGAUACACUGCUGUCCAUUACGCAGCUGCCUAUGGCAACCGACAGAACCUUGAGUUGCUCCUGGAAAUGUCGUUUAACUGCCUGGACGAUGUGGAAAGCACCAUUCCAGUCAGCCCUUUGCACUUAGCUGCCUAUAAUGGUCACUGUGAAGCCCUGAAGACGCUUGCCGAAACCCUGGUGAACCUGGAUGUGCGGGACCACAAAGGGCGGACAGCUUUGUAUCUUGCCACGGAGAGGGGCUCUACGGAAUGCGUGGAGGUGCUCACCAGCCAUGGUGCUUCUGCUCUUGUGAAGGAGAAAAAGAAGAAGUGGACACCCCUCCAUGCUGCUGCUGCCUAUGGGAACACAGAUUCCCUCCAUCUUCUCAUUGACAGUGGAGAGAGAGUCGACAUCACUGAUGUCAUGGACAUCCAUGGACAGACCCCAUUGAUGUUGGCAAUCAUGAAUGGCCACGUAGAUUGUGUCCAUCUCUUACUAGAGAAGGGAUCCACAGUGGAUGCAGCAGACAGAAGAGGCAGGACUGCACUGCACCGGGGGGCUGUUACUGGCUGUGAAGACUGCCUUGCAGCACUGCUGGACCAUGAUGCCUUUGUAUUGUGUCGGGAUUUCAAGGGCCGGACCCCGAUCCAUUUUGCCUCGGUGUGUGGGCAUUCUGAAAUCCUGAGGACCUUGCUGCAGGCAGCGCUCUCUACUGACCCUCUGGACUCUGUAGUGGACUAUAGUGGCUAUUCACCAAUGCACUGGGCUUCAUACAGUGGGCAUGAAGAUUGUCUUGAAUUGUUACUUGAACACAAUCCAUUUGCAUACCUAGAAGGAAACCCUUUUACUCCAUUGCACUGUGCAGUAAUUAACAACCAGGAUGGCACUGCUGAGAUGCUUGUUGAAGCAUUGGGUGCCAAGAUUGUUAAUAGCAGAGAUGCCAAAGGAAGGACCCCCCUUCACGCUGCUGCCUUUGCAGACAACAUCCAUGGUUUACAAUUGCUUUUGCAACACCAGGCUGAGGUAGAUGGAACUGACCAACUGGGGAGGACCCCUCUUAUGAUGGCUGCUGAAAAUGGCCAGACAGCAGCAGUUGAGUUCCUGCUGUACAGAGCAAAAGCAGAUCUAACUGUGCUGGAUGUCAACAAGAACACAGCUCUUCACCUGGCCUGCAGUAAGGGUCAUGAAAAGUGUGCCUUGUUGAUUCUGGGGGAAACCCAAGACCUUGGCCUUAUCAAUGCAACAAACAGUGCUCUACAGAUGCCACUCCAUAUUGCAGCUCGAAACGGAUUGGCCUCUGUUGUCCAGGCUCUGCUGAGCAGAGGUGCCACUGUGCUUGCUGUGGAUGAAGAAGGCCAUACCCCAGCCUUGGCUUGUGCCCCCAACAAAGACGUUGCUGAUUGCCUGGCACUUAUCCUUUCCACCAUGAAGCCUUUUCCACCUAAAGACGCCAUCAGCCCUUUCAGCUUCAACCUCCUCAAGAACUGCGGGAUUGCUGCCAAGACAGCCGCCUGCAGCGCCCUGCCCAACGGGAACAGCUGCCCCUACACCAAGGAUAGGCACAAUGCCAUCGGCUUAGAUGGCUGUUAUUCGGAAUAGCUUAAAAACGAUGAUGGGUGAUCUAGUAUCUCUUCUAUUUAUUUAGGAAUUCUAUCAAUAUAGGACACUUUAAAGGAGAACAAGACUGGGAAUGGGCCUUCCAAAAGGUCCUAGGAACCAAAAAGAAAAAAAAAAGGAAAGGAAAGGAAAGGAAAAAACCUAGAGAAAGUGAUCUCGGUUUCUGCAUCCUACCUAGAUACUUGCUUUGACCACUAGCAUUUCUUUUGCUAUCAAAAUUAACAAAAAAAAAAAAAAGAAGUGUGGGUUUCCAAACAGAUCCAUCCUUUUAAAAUGUUUCGUUUAAAUUUACUCUUAAGAAGCUUUAAAAAUCUGCUCGUAUUCUUCUUUUCCCCUGCUGUUUGCCAAAGGGUAUAGGCCGGUUCUUCCGAGUUCAAUGUUUCUAAGCAACCCACCUUUUCCAGUCCCAAUUUCUCAAGGCUUUGAUGCUUUUGAGUGAAGAGCCAAUUCAAUUUAUUUCAUGCAGGAGGUUGUGGCAGCAGCCGAAGGACUGAAUUUGAUCAUCUGGAUCAUCUUAUUAACGGUCUCCCACACUUCCCCUCUAUCAGGCCGCCUUAUCAUUUGGGAUCAUUUUCUCUGUGUCCUCAGGAAAAAAAAAAUCUUUCCGAGGGACCCAGCAGGCUAGGCAGGGAGCAGAAGCCUGAAUUGCUGCUGCUUUUUGUUUUGCAUUGAAAUGAGGAGAGGGAGGUUGAUCAGUGAGGGUCCGCCAAGAAGGGCAGCAGCUGCUGGCAAAGUGCCACUAUCAUUGCUUCUUCCUGUAUGGUAGCUUUUGUUUGUUUGUUUGUUGUGCUCGCCCUUUUUGAUUCCAGUCAGAAAAACACUUGAACUGAGAACUACUGUACCCGGAUAUUCUGAUACUUUAGGCAGCUCAUAGUCCCUUGCGUGCGCCAUAGAUGCUGUUGCCCAACCAACGCGGUCCUCUUUAAAAAACCUGUGUAUGCGCUGCCAGAAUUAUCCCAACCAUAUCAGGCACUUUAGGAGGCUGAUUUUUUUUGGGGGGGGGGUGGAGAGGGAAGGUUAUCCGGUUUGCAAAAUAUUGGAUCCCCAAAGAGAGUUUCUUUUGUGGUUCCCCACCCCACCCUCUCCCACCUCUGUUUUUGUGCAGUGUUUCCCAUUAGACAAGUCAGUGUUGCCUAAAAAGUUAUUUAUAAAGAAGCAAGCAUUUAUCUUUUGAAAAAUAGCCAAAAGGAAAAAAAAAAAGAAAAAGAAAAAAGCUUUCUGCAAGGAGAACAAUGCACUUCAGAAUCUUACAAUCCCACAUUUGUAUUUAUAAUUUUUCCAACUAGAAUAACAUCCAGCAGAUUUCAUUAGGGGGUGGUGUGUGUGUAUCUGUCCGUCCGUCCAUCCAUGGGUGGGGCUAAGUAUGAGUUCGUAUUUUUUA